AUGGUCUAUCAUCGCGGACCAUCAAGGUCGACGCCGGCCAAUGUACAAUGUCAGAAAUGCUUGAAACGAGGGCACUAUUCAUAUGAGUGCAACGCUACUGCUCAAGAGAGGCCAUACGUCUCUCGACCUUCCCGAACACAGCAACUGCGCAAUCCUAAGCUUGUUCCGAAGCUUACAAAUGAUUCGCCGAACCCCCUGGAGAAAAAGAAGGGCGCCGCGGACGAAGAACUGUCCAAGAAGGAAGCCGAGAGGGGGAGAGCACGCGAGUUGGAUGAAAAGGACGAUGAGUCUGAUGAGUCGCCGCGUCGACCUAGGUCGCCCUCUGUCGACUCUGUGUCCACUGUGUCUACCAACUCACGCCGGGGCUCGAGAUCGCCGCCCAGGCGCCUACGAGACCGACAUGGUUCCGAAAGCGGUGAAGAGGCUGGCGAGAUAGCAGACUCGCCACCAAGGAGACAGCCAUCCAGAAGCGCAGAGAUGGAGAGCGUCGUCGCAGGUCUCGCUCACCACGGGAGCGAGGCGACAAAAGAAAAAGACAUGACGAUCACAGAGAUCACAGAGACAAUCGCCGCGAACGGCAAGACAAUGUACCAAAGACCGAGGCAAGAGAGCGCAGCCUCAGUCCCUUCAGCCAGCGUCUGGCCAUGA